GAUGAAAGGGGCUUUAUGUGAUGAAACCCUAUUUACGAUCACUCACCCGCUCACCUCAGCUCGCUCGCCCCGCUUCCUAUCUCUGAGAGACUCUUUCGGAACCCUAACCCCAACCCUCCAACUCGUAAAUUCCCUUCAGUCCGUCAUUUCGCAGAUAAUGGGAGAAACAAAGGACGAAGGAUACGAGGAAGAGCUUCUUGACUACGAGGAGGAAGAAGACAAGGCCCCUGACUCUGUCGGAGUUAAAGUCAACGGCGAAGCUACCAAGAAGGGCUAUGUUGGAAUUCACAGUUCAGGAUUCAGAGACUUUCUUCUGAAGCCAGAGCUUCUUCGAGCUAUUGUGGACUCGGGAUUUGAGCAUCCUUCUGAAGGUAAUACUUAUAUCACAAUGUUGUUUUGGAGAACUAACCUGAUUUGGUAACUAUCAAAUCAAAUUAAAAGCUUCAGGAAAGAUUUAAUUUACUUACCUUCGGCCCUUUUUUAUUUGCUUCAUCAUCAGUACAACACGAAUGCAUACCUCAAGCAAUUCUUGGAAUGGAUGUAAUUUGUCAAGCUAAAUCUGGAAUGGGAAAGACUGCUGUUUUUGUUCUCUCGACUUUGCAGCAGAUUGAUCCUGUUCCUGGCCAAGUUUCUGCACUUGUUCUGUGUCACACGAGAGAAUUAGCAUACCAGAUAUGCCAUGAGUUCGAGAGGUUUAGCACAUAUUUACCUGAUCUGAAGGUUGCUGUCUUCUAUGGUGGGGUCAACAUCAAAGUUCACAAGGAUCUGUUGAAAAAUGAAUGCCCUCAUAUUGUUGUUGGAACACCAGGGAGAAUACUAGCAUUGGCUAGGGAAAAGGACCUUUCUUUAAAGAACGUUAGGCAUUUCAUUUUAGAUGAAUGUGACAAGAUGCUGGAAUCACUGGAUAUGAGGAAAGAUGUUCAAGACAUUUUCAAGAUGACUCCCCAUGAUAAGCAGGUUAUGAUGUUCUCUGCAACACUCAGCAAGGAAAUUCGCCCAGUCUGCAAGAAAUUUAUGCAAGAUCCAAUGGAAAUUUAUGUUGACGAUGAGGCCAAGCUGACCCUUCAUGGACUUGUGCAGCACUACAUCAAAAUUAAAGAGGAGGAGAAAAAUCGGAAACUGAAUGACCUUCUUGAUGCACUGGACUUCAAUCAAGUUGUUAUCUUUGUGAAAAGUGUUAGUAGAGCAGCUGAGCUGGACAAAUUGCUUGUGGAGUGCAACUUUCCAUCUAUAUGCAUUCACUCUGGCAUGUCCCAGGAAGAGAGGUUAAAGCGGUAUAAAAGUUUCAAGGAGGGCCAUACAAGGAUUCUUGUAGCUACAGAUUUGGUUGGAAGAGGGAUUGACAUUGAACGUGUCAAUAUUGUUAUAAACUAUGACAUGCCUGAUUCUGCAGACACAUAUUUGCACAGGGUUGGCCGAGCUGGAAGGUUUGGCACCAAAGGACUUGCAAUCACAUUUGUUUCAUGUUCUACUGAUGUUGAUGUUCUCAACAAUGUUCAGUCAAGGUUUGAGGUUGAUAUAAAACAGCUUCCUGAGCAGAUUGAUACCUCUACUUAUAUGCCGUCGUAGUAGAGUUAUUUUUGGGAGCAGUGCUUUGACUGCUUGAAUGGGUUAGUAGUUACGCAGGAAAAAUUUAACGGUGCAGCUGAUGAUUAGCCAUGUCGCUACCAGAGUCUGUUAUACAGACUAUAGGCCAUUUUACCAUGAAAGAUUUGUCAGUAUUAGAUAUUGCAGUAUAAUGGCUUAUGUUUUUAUGGGGUUUCAUAUACUGUAUUGUGUGGCAGCUACGAUGGAUGGUUUCAUGAACAUCCGUGUUGAGUUUAGUUUUAAUACGUUGAAACCGGUUUAAUUAAUAUAUGACCAUCGAUUUAUUAGCCUAGUCUUUAAAUAGAAGAUCCUGAGUCUGCCAUGUUUCCAACAAAAAUAGGUUGGAAGCAGAAUAUCAAGUGUUGGCUUUGCUGUGCUAGUCUUCGGUUGUCACUUAGUCUGAGGCUUUAUUCCGGUGCAUUGAAUUAUUUUAAAUUUUCUACAGGAAAUUUAGGCCUCUUUGUAUUAUACAGCAUAUUAAUGGAGGGUUUUAUUUAUUAUUUUAAUUAAUAAUUGUUUUC